AUGGCUUCCGAUUCCGCUUAUUCUUUCGCUUCCCAUACAGUUUUGCAUCUUUUCUGGUUCUUUCUCCUUGCAGUCGCCGCCGUCACUACCACCGUCGGCGCUAUCGAAUUCCCAGUUGGUGGCGACGUUGGUUGGCGAAUCCCUGCAACCAACGAAACCGAACUCUACACUGUCUGGGCUUCCAGACGAAACUUCCAUAUCGGCGAUACCCUCCGUUUUCGUUACAAGAAUGAUUCAGUGGCCGUGGUUAAAAAAUGGGGGUUCUACCACUGUAAUUCUAGCUCUCCGAUAGCAUUCUUCAACGACGGCGACUCCGUGAUCAAUCUUGAUAAUGUGGGAACGAUGUAUAUCAUCAGCGGCGACUCUGAUCGGUGUAAAGAAGGUGAGAAGAUGAAGUUGGAGGUGAUGGGUUCUGACCCUGGUUCUUACUUCCCGCCGUCGAUUUCUAGUCCGCCGGAGAGCCCUUAUUCCGACAUAGCUCCGUCGCCAUCUCAGUUCUCCGGUUAUGGUGGUUCGCCCGCAUUUAGUCCGCGUUAUUCUUCGUCAAGCUCCGCGAUAUCGUUUUCAAUUUCUUUGUUUGUGAUUGCUUUGAUCCAUGACGUCAUUCUUAUCUUCUUAAACCCUAAAAUUUUGUUAUCUCAUACUCACUUAACUCACACCUACUUCCUCUGCUCUCGUCUACCAUUCUUCUCUCGUUGCAAAUUAUCAGCUAACUGA